AUGCAAGACAAGUAUAACGAGAUAGGCUUUGUCCAGCAAAUACUGGGUUUGAAUUUGGUCCCGAGGAAAAAUGGCACAAUGCGAGGAAACGACACGUCUCUCAGCGACUUUUCAGAGAUGUGGUACGGCGUGUUCCUGUGGGCCGCCGUGUCCUCGCUGGUCUUCCACCUGCCGGCCGCCCUGCUGGCCCUCGCCACGCUGCGCCAGCACAAAACGGCCCGCUUCAUCCCCAUCGCCAUCCUCCUCAUGGGCAUCGUGGGCCCCGUCUGUGGGGGAGUGCUCACCAGUGCGGCCAUAGCGGGGGUGUAUAAGGCGGCGGGGAAGACGAUGAUCUCUCUGGAGGCUCUGGUGUUCGGCGUGGGACAGUCCUUCUGCGUCCUCAUCAUCUCCUUCCUGCGGAUCCUCGCCACGCUAUAG